AUGAAAGCUUUGUUUGCGGCUGCAGCCGUCGGAUUUGCCUCUUCAUGUCGGUAUAAUGGGAAACCAGUCAACUGUUCUGCUGCAAAGAGUCCUUUUUCCACAACAGAGUUCCGUCCAUUUACAUUGAUGAAUUUUUAUGACGAGUCAUACAAUACAAGGGUGUUUCGUUUUGCGCUCCCAGAAGCUGAUAUGCCGCUAAAUCUGGAGGUUUCCUCCUGUAUCACAGCGAAGUAUACUGGGAAAGAUGGAAAAGAUGUUAUUCGUCCCUAUACUCCAAUUAAUAAAGAUGAUCAACGCGGUUAUUUUGAAAUCCUUGUGAAAAGGUACGAGGGUUCCAAGAUGGGAAGCCACCUAUUUUCUUUGAAGAAAGGUGAUACUGUGGAGUUUAAAGGACCCUGGGUGAAGAUUCCAAUUAAGGCGAACCAAUACCGACAAAUUGGCAUGAUUGCAGGGGGGACGGGUAUUACCCCAAUGUAUCAAGUGGCUCGUAACGUCUUGCGUGUGCCUAAGAACACGACAGCUGUCUCUUUGAUUUAUGCCAAUAAACGUAAGGAGGAUGUGCUUUUGGGUAACGAACUUAAUGAACUUAUGGAAACGUGCCCUCUUUUUUCGCCAUAUUAUGUUCUUUCCAAAGCCCCUUCAGAUUGGAUGGGAGGUGUUGGAUAUGUGAACAAAGAGAUGAUCAAGUCCAUUAUGCCGCCGCCAAGCAGUGCUGCUGAUUCCAUUAUCCUUGUGUCUGGACCUCCCCCUUUUAUGGAGGCUGUUUCAGGUGACAAGGAUUUUACGAUCAGCCCACCUUCUCAAGGUGAACUGAAAGGAAUGCUUAAAGAGCUUGGUUACAUGCAGAAAAUGGUCUUCAAAUUUUGA